GUCGGUUCGGUUAGAUCUUGUGCUCGGCGAUGAGAGGUAAGGGCAAGCUGUAUUAAUAUGUAGUCGUGAGAAAUUACGACAACUCUUUGUACGCCUUCUGUCAUCCUACCAGUAGUACUGGUCGCGACUAACGGCGAGCUGGAAUUCGAGGGCAGUGAAUGUUGCGACAAUGGCGAGCCAGUAUCAUUCAGAAAGCUGUGAAGGAUCUACGGAUACAACGGAGACAGGUUCAAUUUCGGGAAAAUAACUUCACCCUUGCAUCGGUCGUUCUACAUAGAAGUUUCCGCUGGAAUUGCAGAUUACACCGCCUCAACAGGUCAUCAUCACAGCUUGAUGCUACUGGGUAUGCCAGUCAUGCUCAUACAACACUCUGCGCCAAGUCUGAGGCUACGCUCUCUGAUGCGCAGCGUAGAACUAUAUACGCACUUUCCACUCCACCUGGGAAAGCAGGUAUAGCUGUCAUUCGGAUUUCUGGACCCGACGCCCUUGAGGUCUGGCAACGAGUGACGCGCAGAAAUAAGUCUGGAGCCGUACCGACACCAUGGAUGUUCCAGCGCAGACACGUCGUCGACCCAGAGACCGAAGAGAGACUCGAUGACAGCUUGACUGUCUUCUUCAAGAGUCCAAAAUCAUUUACCACAGAAGACACUCUUGAGCUUCACAUCCACUCUGGGCGCGCAGUACUCUCUGCAGUGUUACGUGCACUUGCUAAACUACCAUACUGUCGGCCCGCUGUGCCAGGCGAAUUUACGAGACGUGCCUUCGAGGGUGGCCGACUUGAUCUCACCCAAGUCGAGGGUCUGCGCGACUUGAUAGAUGCUGAAACAGAAGCUCAAAGAAGGGUUGCUGUCAGCGGAGCUGAGGGGGCCGCGAGAGCGCGAUAUGCUGCACUAAGGUCACAGAUACUGGAAUGUUUAGUUUUUGUUGAAGGUUUUAUCGAUUUUGGCGAGGACGUGGACGAACUUGGACAGGAAGCGAUGAUUAGAGAAGCUCAUAAUCGUGCAUUGAAUAUCAUCAACAGCAUUCGAUCUCACCUGCAUGACAACCGUCGUGGGGAGAUUCUGCGCUCUGGAAUAAAACUUGCGAUAUUUGGACCUCCGAAUGCUGGCAAGAGUAGCUUGUUUAAUUUCCUUGCUCAGCGUGAUGCGGCUAUUACAUCACCCAUUCCAGGAACUACGCGAGAUGUGCUCACGCUCACCUUGGACAUUGGAGGUUUUCCAGUCGUUCUGAGCGACACUGCUGGCCUGCGAGAAACAUUGGACACUGUAGAGCAGGUAGGGGUGGGUCGUGCAGGUAACGCCGUCAAGGAGGCUGAUCUGUCUCUUUGUGUUCUAUCUCUUCCUGAUGUUUUAUCCUCUCGAGACAAUGCCCUGGUUCGAAUCCCGGAUGAGGUCAAGAACCACUUGAAACCAGAUACCCUUUUCUUGUUGAAUAAAUCUGAUACUAUCGAGAGCCUUCCUCUCAACCAUCUUCGCACAUCAGAGGGUACCCAGUCGUUUCUAGAUGGUCUCGCACAGGUUUUACGAUCAAGAUACAGCGAUGGUUUCGAUUACACCAGCCCGCUCAUCACGCAUGCUCGCCAUAGAGAUAUGCUUGAGCGAGCUGUCAUGCACUUGGAAGAGUUCAUCGCCUUCUCUCCUUCGGAAGUAGACAUCGCCGCAGAAUCCCUACGUUAUGCAGCUCGUGCGAUUGGUUCUGUUUCUGGACUAGAUGUCGGUGUUGAGGAAGUCCUGGGCGGAAUAUUCAGUUCGUUUUGCGUUGGAAAAUGACUGCUGACCUUGUAUGAUUCUACUGUCAAUGCAUGAUGUUGUGCGACUCGUAGACCGUCCAUAUUGAUCAGUCUUAGCCAAGUAGUAAGCAUGAUAGGGCAGAAAUCCGUUGCUUGCUCAAUAGUCUUUUUCCUCUUACCAUGCCCUUGGUUACUCACGUGGGUGGACUUUAUUACACCUUGCAGAAUAUUUUGAUCCUGGGACAUCUGAGACAUCUGACCCAUGGCUGACUUAGCAUCAUGUGUAGUUCCUACAUACCUG